AUGGACGACAUUAUCAGGCCUCCGGAGAGACGGGCAUCCGGUGGCCGGGAUUUUCAGCGGGCUUACAAAGCCUGCCUGUCUUGUAGACAGAAAAAAGCCAAAUGCGACAUUGGGCCUGCUCCACCAUGCGCAAGAUGUCGUCGCGAGCAGAGACGAUGCGUGUUUAGUGAGAAGCGGUCAUGGGCUAGAAAGCCCAGGAGUGGAGCUAACAUCUUUAUAGACUCAUUAUCUCCCAAUCAGGCCAUGCACACUUCUCCUCAACAUAGAGAGUCUGCAGUUUCAUCCAAUACAUCAUUCCAUCCCACACCUAGAGAAUCUCAUGGCUUUCAGGCCUCCUCUGAGCCGAAUCAGUUGACAAAUUCGUUGAUGAGGCAUGUGGUUUCAAGCGGCAAUGAUGCACUCAACCUGCUGUUUGAGGCAGCAGCUCAUACCAACUCUAGAAGUGCUGAGAUGACCCCAGAAAGACAACCUGGGGUGGGAUCUGGUCAUGGCAUAUCAAGUGUCCUCUCACAGUCACUUCCACAGGCCACUGUUACUGGGACCAGUCCAGCAGCUCCACCACCUAUAGAAAUAUCAAAAACCGAUCCCAGUUUGCUUAGUGUUUGGGAAUCGUUCCGAGUCGUGAAACUAGGAUGGUUCACGGCAAAGGAAGCAGUAACCUUUGUUGACAAGUUUUUUGAAAACUUAUCUCCCCUGUCUCCCAUUCUGACAGAGUUCUACCGAAGACAUGAGAAUCACCACAUACUUGUAACUCAUGAGUACUUCCUGUGCUGCACCAUACUCAUGAUAUCUUCUCGCUACCAUGUGCUUCCUGGAAUAGGAGGGGCAUCAAGAAGUUUCUUCAUUCACAACAAGCUAUGGACUCACUGUCAAAACUUAAUCAUGCGCCUAAUGCUAGGCCAGGAGCGAUCUUCAAGAGGUAGCAUACGAACAUUGGGCACCAUAGAGGCGUUGCUACUAAUAUCUGAAUGGCACCCUCGAUCUCUACAUUUCCCUCCGGAGAACGAUGCAUGGGAUUCAGACAUAGCAUUUGGGGUUCCUGAUGGAAUGUCAACCAAUCAAUCUGAAUCCUCUUCCAAUCAAUGGCUUCAAGACGUAAUUGAGCCCGCGCGGCGAUCAGAUCAAAUGUCUUGGAUGCUUCUUGGGUCUGCGUUUUCUCUCGCACAUGAACUUGGCAUCUUUGAGCCCGAACAACGAGGCCCGGAUCCCUCUGACUUUCCAAAUCCUGCCCUUGCUACUCAUAACAAAGUCCGCAAGCAGCGCGUUCAACAACUCCUUUAUGUUUACAUCAACCAGCUCGCUUCACGAAUAGGAUGUAUGUCCUUGAUGCCGCAAAGCCUAAAUCGUGCCAUUAGCAAAGUACACGGUCAGAAUCCAACAGAAAAUAGAACCGAAUGGACAACGUUCAUGGACUCCUGGAUGGACCUUACUAAGCUCACGAGAUCUGUCAACGAUAUGCUUUUCCCUUCCGCAUCGUUUGCGAAACAACAGAUUCACAGUGGGCGCUAUAUAGGACUACUAGACCAUUUCCGUCCGCUCUUAACACAAUGGCACGCUCGUCAUCUUGAUGCGCCGACUGGACUGAGUGCGAAUUUCGUCAACAUCCUCCAUAUCGAAUACCACUACGUGCGAGUAUACACACAUUCAUUCGGCAUGCAAGCGGUUGUCGAACGAGUUCUAGCCGACACAGCAACCAAUUCCACCUCCGCAUCCAACAAUACCACCACCUACAACAAUAACAAUAACCCCAAUCUCGACCCAGCACCUACCCAACACACCAAUACCGAAAUAAACCUCGACCCCAUAGACCACGAAUUCAUCCAAGAAGUAAUUGACGGCUCCUGCCAAAUCCUGAAAAAGGUCAUUGAACUCGCACAAGCAGAUAAACUACGCUUUUCGCCCGUGCGCAUCUUUCUUCGCGUCACGAGUUCGUCGAUUUUUCUUUUGAAGGCGUUGAGUUUGGGCGUACGCCAUACAAAACUGCAGGAAUCUCUCGAUGUACUUGAGAAGAGUAUACAGGCUCUUAGGUCUAAUAUCCUGGAUGACGUCCAUCUUGCUUCACGAUAUGCUAUUUUGUUAGAGGUGCAUCUUUCGCGACUGAGGCGGAAUCUGGUCGCUUCGUCUUCGUCUACUACGAUGAACAAGAUUAUUAAUCCUGGAUCAAGGGGCAGUAUGAUCAUGCAACCCUCCUUUACAACGACGCGAAAUAUUACUCGCCCAUCAUCGACACAACCUUUCCUCCGCGGCGGAGAGGCCGCUAUCACAGAUCCGAAUAACAAUCGUAAUGAGAAUACGGCCGCAGCUCCUUCGGCGGAUGAUAAUGAGUGGUUAUUCUCGCUACCGUUUGAUCCUUCCAUGGCCCCUUUUGGACCGAGUGGUGGACAGUUAUCUGGAUUUGAUGGUGGGACGCUGGAUUUUUUAUGGAAUUUACCAGAGUAG